UAUUAUUAGUUCUUUUUCCUUCGUCUUUCUUUCUUCUUUGUUCUUAUUUUAAAAGCAAACGCGUCUGUUUGAUUACUUUAUCGUUUCAUUAUCAUCGAUAUACGGUUCCAACGAUAUACAAUCAAAACGUCAUGUCGAUUUAUCGUUUGUUACUUUCGAAACAAGGUAAAAUUCUUACUAAAUCUUUUCCUUCCAACGAUACAUUGCAUUUCGGUAAAUAUUCAAUAAUUCCUGUGCACAAAUUUUUAUUCCGUACUUCGUCAAACCAAUCGUCCGGUUUGAAAUUAAAUUCGGAGAAUAUAGUAACCAGUCCGUUUCCGGAUGUGCGCGGAUAUGAAAAUAUGUUAUUGCACGAGGCAAUUUGGCAGAAUAUGCAGAAAUGGUCGAAUAAGACUGCUAUAGUAUGUGCAAUCACCGGCAGAUCGUAUACUUAUCAACAACUGAGAAAGAAUGCAGGACGAUUGGCAACAUCAUUACGAAAAGCAAAACUUUUCCCACGUGAUACCAUAGCUAUUAUAUUACCUAAUAUCCCUGAGUAUGCUAUCAUCACAUUAGCUGCGUCAGAAGCUGGUCUUCGUCCAACAUUGAUAAAUCCCGUAUGGACUAGUAUGGAAAUGACAAAACAGCUUGAAAAUUCAGAAACAUCUGCGAUUUUUACAAAUCCUUUGUUGUAUCCUACUGUAAAGAAAAGUAUUGAAAAUAAUCCACGAAUCAAGUUACCAAUUAUAAUCGUUGAUGAUGGAAGCGGAUCGAUACCUUCGGGUACUAUAAAUUUGACUGAUCUUAUAAGAAACGAUAUCGAAGAAUUUUCGAAAAAUCAAAAGACUGAUGUCGAUUCUGAGGAUGACUUGUUUUUACCAUAUUCCAGUGGUACCACUGGAAUGCCUAAAGGUGUACAAUUAUCACAUAGAAACAUUGUAACCAACAUAUUUCAAAUAAGUUGUCCAGAAUUAUAUCCAGGUAUUUGCACCAAUGAAACCGAGCAAGAUGUUAUACCAGUUAUAUUACCUUUGUUUCAUAUAUAUGGUUUAAUUAUUCUCCUUUAUGUUUUUUUAAGAAUGGGUGCAAAAUUAGUGUGCUUACCACAAUUUUCAGCAGCGCAGUUUAUAAAGAUUCUUAAAAAUUAUAAACCGACGUUGCUAUACUUGGUACCACCGAUCGUACAAAUGAUGGCUAUUAACGAACAGAUUACGCCGAAACAUGUUGAAAGUAUCAGAUUUAUUUUAUCGGGAGCUGCAACGAUAGGGCCAGAAUCUAUUGCUAAAUUUCGUGAACGUAUCAAUGCCAAUGUGAUAUUUGCACAAGGAUACGGUCUGACCGAAACUUCUCCAGUGAUAACGCUCAGUAAAAAUGCUAUUUGUGAAUCGGUAGGUUUCUCUAUACCUAACACACAAAUACGUAUCGUCAAAAACGAAGCCGAUAAAAGUAUAAACGUGGGACCAAACGAAAUAGGAGAGCUCUACGUGAAGGGACCUCAAGUAAUGAAAGGUUACUUUAAAAAUCCUCAAGCAACGAGAGAUUGUAUGGAUGGCGAUUGGUUUAAAACUGGAGAUUUAGCAAAAUUCGAUGAAAAUGGAUUAUUUUACAUCGAAGGACGUUUCAAAGAAUUGAUCAAAGUAAAAGGUUUUCAAGUAGCACCUGCGGAAUUGGAGGAUAUUAUUAAAGGUUUAGAUAGUGUUGCAGACGUUGCGGUAAUCGGUGUUCCUCAUGAAAAAUUUGGCGAAAUUCCAAAAGCUUUUAUAAUACUGAAAAAAGGAGUCACUGUUAAUCCAGAAGAAGUGAAAGACUAUGUUGCUAAACACGUUGCUGACUACAAAAGAUUAGGAUAUGUGCAAUACAUUGAAAAAAUUCCGAAAACUGCAUCUGGAAAAAUUUUAAGAAAAGAACUACAAAACAUGUGAUUUCUAUAUAUUAGAUAAAAAGAAACAUGAAUAUCUA